UAUUUAUUUAUUUAUUUUUUUGUUCCAAAAAUCAUCAAAAAAAAGUCAACCAUUGUUCUCUGCACUUUAACCGCAGCCCAAAAUUCCCCAUCCUUAAAUCAGUAACAAGAAUUAUGGCCACUCCAAUCACGUGUCCUAAUUUCAGAUCACAACUAGUGUUUUUUUCAAACUGAUCCAUCCAUUCUUGUAAGAGAAAGAAAAUUGAUAAAAGAAAUUUACAAAAAUUGCGCCUUUUUUUUUCCAUAUUUUUUUCUAUAUUUGGGUAGUUGAUAUAAAACCACUUAUGUUAUUACAGAACAAAGAAUUUCCCUUUUGGUCUCUCAAUAGCUUAAAAAUAGGAUUGAAAUUUGCAGUUGAAUCCUAUAGAUACAGAGCAGCAUAAAGUUAUUGAGAUUCUCAAGGGGGAGAGUAUAAUAGCAACAUCAAGAAGAAGAAGAAGAAGAAAAAUAAAAUAAAAUAACAUAAAAAUGGCAUCAUUCACAGGAACUCUUGACAAGUGCAAGGCUUGCGAUAAGACCGUUUAUUUCGUCGACUUAUUGUCUGCUGACGGGGCGACUUACCACAAAUCAUGCUUCAAAUGCAGCCACUGCAAAGGGACCCUUGUCAUGAGCAACUACUCUUCCAUGGAUGGAGUUCUCUACUGCAAGCCUCACUUUGAGCAGCUUUUCAAGGAGUCUGGAAAUUUCAGCAAGAAUUUCCAAAAUGGAAAACCAGAGAGGGAAAAUUCACUGACAAGGGCACCUAGCAAGCUAUCAGCAUUGUUCUCUGGUACUCUAGACAAAUGCCCUGCCUGCAACAAAACUGUAUAUCCCCUAGAGAAGGUGAUUAUGGAGGGAGAAUCAUUUCACAAGUCAUGCUUCAAGUGUGCCCAUGGAGGCUGCCAUCUCACACACUCAUCCUAUGCUGCUCUUGAUGGUGUCCUCUACUGCAAGGUCCAUUUUCAGCAGCUUUUCAUGGAGAAAGGAAAUUACCAACACGUCCUCAACUCCGCCCAUCACAAGAAGGGGGCAGUCGAGCCUGUUGAGUCGGAAUCUGAUGAGGCUGAGAAGCCAAAGGAAAAGACGAAUGCAGAGGAGAAAGUGGAUUCGGAGGGGAAAGUGGAUUCAGAGGACGAGGCUGACAAGGCACAAGAACAAUCCCCGAAGAAAAAAGAUUCCGACGAAAGCGUAUAAUUUCGGAUUUUUUAUUUUCUUUAAGUUUUGCUGCCAUAUACAAGAUUAAGAGAUUCUUAUAAAUUCCUUCUAUCUUUUGCUUGAUUUUUAUUUUUUUUAUUUUUUUGGUU